AAAAAGCAAAGAGCAGGAAGUGCUAUUGACAAACUUUGGAGUCCAACUGAGGCAAUGAAUAUUGUGGCCAAUAUUCAGGAAGCAGGACUCAUUGAGAAUAUAAAGCAAAAUCAGGCAUACCCCAGAACAUUGAAUGAAGCUAGUUGCUUAAGCCUUGUAGCUCACAUUGAGAAACGAAAUCAUGUGGAAUUAGCAACUGAUAUAGCCAAAAAACAAAAGACUGAUGAAAAACUGAAGAGAUUAAUUCUACUGAAGAAUCAGAUGAUUAUUGAGGCUGGCUCAUUUAUAAGAACAUUGCCUAAAGAUGUGUACAAAGAAUAUCUUUUAUCAUUAGAAUAUUUGGAUAAUAUUAUUCCCAAUGAAACACAUGAUUUUUUAGUAGAAUUUUUUGAGCAGGACUUGACAUAUCGACAAUGGCUAAACAUUUUAGAUGACUUGAAUAUCAAAAGUUUUGACAAAAUAACUCAAAUGGAUUUUUCUCUUGGACAUUCCAACCCACUUCAAAAUAUACAGACUUUAGAGCAAUGUCAUUUAAAUGAUUUUGUACAUCCAUGCCUGAAAGCUGCUUUGAUGUACUGUGCUGACAUUUAUUACACAUUUGGUGAAGUAACUUCAAUUCAUAAUACCAAUAGACAAAGAGGUGAUGGAAUUGGAUUCACAAAUGAUGUCAACAAGUAUCAACUAGUAUAUAUUGAAGGGAGUUGCCCAUAUAAUGUCAAAGAAAAGAAAGAAAUAGGUGAUUGUGUGAAGGUUGCAAAAAAUUUGAAAAAGAUGUUUUUUGAUGUCAUAAAAAAUAGGAUAGGAAAACGAAAGAUGAUGAUACCAGAAUUUCAAGUCUUUGGGGUAAAUAGUUAUAAACUUGAGAUACAUCUAUAUGUGCUUCAAUUUACUGGAUGUUAUCACCUUGUUGAAAUUGAAAAUGCAACUGUUCCUUGGGAUUUUUCUGAAAUCGAAGACUUUGUCUACUUUUACAAAGCAAUAAUUAAAUGGGCAGUAAAACUUUCAGACAAAGCGUUAAAAAAACGAUCUUCACGGGUUUCAUAUGGAAUGAAUCAACUUCCUUAG